CUUGCGGUCACACUACACUAAACAUUUUGGCGGUGUUUACGUAGAAUAUUUGUUUUCAUUGGAGAUUGUUUUGUGGGUAAACAAAAUGUCAAUUACUUUGGAUUUUGAUAUUCAGCAAUUGGACAACAAGAGACCAAUGCAGCUGCACUAUUUACCAGCCAAAAUCGUUGGUGACGGCGAGUGCACAGAUGUCGAUAAACACUUUAACAAUUAUACGCGUGAUACGCCAGAAUUCGGCAAAGGCAUUUUAUCAAAUGCUCUUAGAGGAUAUCCACUACUUGGAAAGCGGGAAUCAGUGCCCAAGGGAUACAAAGGCCUCGUACUGCAGGAGACGGAUGAAAACCAAGCAGAUCGACAACUGAGACUGACAGGCACAUUCCAAGACUUCACGUAUUGGAAUUAUGAUAAAGUACCCUCCAAGGGAGAUGGCUAUCAGCAGGCAUUGGUCAUGUUAGAAGUGGCCGAAGCGUUAGCAGCGCCCAUAAGCGAAGAUGCGCUGGAAAACGAGAUGAAGCUGCAGCAGCAGGCCAAAAAAGAAAACGCUUAAAUGUUGUUGAGCGCUUACAGCGUUAAGUAUAAAGUAUUCCAAAAAGCUAUUCAAAUAUGUUCACAAU